AUAAGUACUGAUAUUUUUAGAAUGACGUAAACUUCAGUUUUGAAGUUACAAAAUUGAAGAAUGUGCUAUUAAAUUGCGGCAAAUCCGACUGGUACAAAUAGACUUGGACUUCACAAUUUUAUUAUAACAUGCUAUAACUCAGCCACUCAUACCAGUCAUUCACCCCAGCAGCAGUAAAUCUUCACCAGUUUUACCCGCCUUCCUCAACUCAUCAGCAUUCAUGUCUGGUGAUGCCGAAGAUGUUUUAGUAAAAGAGUCACUUAUCACUCAUGAUGAUGAUUCUGAUCACUCUUCUGGAUCUCAUACACUGGAAAGUGAAGACGAGUCUUCAUGUAAUACCUCAUCCCUUGAAUCUCCCGGGCUUACGAGCUCAUCUGAUUCGGAAUUAGACGAGAUGUUGCCUCAAAAUCAAGGUUCUCAAUUACUUAAUACCUAUGGAAUGGGAAGUUGUUCAAACCAUUUGCGGAUUUCCAGCUCCGGCGAAAUUUCACUUUGGCAGUUGAUUGUAUUGUGGAUUUUUUUACUUAUUAAAAAGUGUCUGAGUAUAUUGAACUGUAACAUACAGUGGACAUGGGCUUCUGAAAACUGGAACCAUGAAUCAGGCUUUAAAUCUUACCUUGACCUUGAUGAUGCUGAGGAUGUCACUAUUCCAAAGUUUCAACCUAAUGGCAUACCUGGAUUAGUCUUAAUGGAAGAUAAGACAAAGAUAGAUAGGGAAAAGUUCUUAACACCUGGUGCCUUCUUUAAACUUUUUUUUCCUCUGGAUCUAGUUCAGAAAAUAUGUGAUUACACCAAUGAAAACUUUGAUGCUAAUCAAGCCUUAAGACCUAAGCUAGCUGUUGGCUGGACUCCAGUGACUCCAGAUGAAAUGUAUUCAUUUAUAGCAUUAAUAAUAUACUGCAGUACAAUAACGCUGGCUGAUAUGGAGCUAUAUUGGUUUAAGGAAGAGGAGGUUUCUCUUGGCCUGUUUUCACACAUAUGGGCCAGCAGUAUCAUUUCGAAGGAGAGAUAUAAACAGAUUCAGACCUUCUUAAAAGUCGAGAACACCAAACAACCAAAAGACAGGAGUAAAUUGAGAAACAUUAAAUCAUUGGUUGAGCAGAUUCGGUUAACUUGCAUGAAGUACUGGACGCCCAAUGAAUACAUUCGAAUAGAGGAAAGGGUUGUCGAAGACUCUGAUUCAAAACACGGCGUGAGGUUGUGGCACCUGCAAGACGUCGUUUCUGGCUAUUUUUGGAACUUUGAUUUCUAUUUAGGGAAGACGAAGAACAUUGAAUUGGGCGGUUGGUGGCGAGGGACGGUGAUGAAACUUUGUUCACCCCUUUAUGGACAGGGCUACAAGUUGUUUGUUGAUAACGUAUUUAAUUCUGUUCAGUUGUUCAAAGAUCUUUUUGAAAAUGGAAUAGGAACUUGUGGGACAAUAUCAACUCAGCAGGUAGGAUUUCCAGACUGCUUGAAAGAUAUUAGAGAGUUUCAAAUGUCUGACAGAGGUUCAAUGAGAUGGGUGAGGGAAGGUAAUCUCGUGUUUGUUCAGUGGAAGGAUCGUCAUGUCGCAAAUGUGACUUCAACAAUGCACAAACCAGCCAACGAGCAAACUGUGUGCAUCCGGAAAGUUAAAGUUUAUGGUCGGCGACAGAAAGUGGAAGUGAAGCAGCCGGUGGUUGUUAAAGAUUUCCUCCAAUACUUUGGUGAUAAAGAUAGAUCAGAAGAUGUGAUUGAAAAGUUCACCCACCUAAUGAGACGAGUGCAGUUUUGGAAAACAGUUUUUUACCAUAUGAUUGAAGUGGCCAGAUCUAAUUCAUUUGUCAUGUUUCAGCACUUUCGCAAUUUGGAUGAAAAUAAAGAUGUGGAAAAAUUAGCACGACCCAGAGAUUAUAAAGAGAUAGACUUUACCAUUGAAUUAGUUCAAGAAUUGGCUCAAAUUAAAGUGUAAAAAAAAAGUGUACUGUGUGCUAAUUGAAAAUGUACUUGUUGGAAUGAUCAUGACACACUAUCAACAAUCAUUUUUUUUUGUUAAAACUAUGUUAUGAAAUUACUUUCAAAAUUCACAAAUGUUACACAGAUUGUUCAGCAUUAAAAUGUUUAAUUUUUGUUUAUUUUUGUAUUGCUUAAUGUUUAUAGAAUGUUAUGAAAAACAGAAUCUUAUUUUGAGAUCAUAAAAAUGUAUAAGCCGUCAUGAAGAGAAUAUAUUGAUUUACUAGUACACGUUGAUACUGAAUUAAUGUUAGCUUUAAGUACAAAAAUAAAGUGGAAUCUCAUUAAUUGAAGUGCUAGGAAAUAUGGAGUGAUUUUGAAAAUUUGCACUUCAAGAAGGGAAAUAAAUAAAUAAUAUGAAUGCCUAACAAAAGUUAUUUCCCUUAGAAGAUUGGGGUCCUAUUGUAUUUUAUGUUGGCUCAAUCUUCUACAGUCUACACUGUUGUUGACAAAGUGUUCACUGACAUAUUUCUCUGAAAUUUCUUUCUAAAGUUUUUUUUUUAUUUGAUAUUCUUCAGCAAUGCCCUUUUCAUUUCAAUUGUAAGAUGUUCAUAUUUUCACUUCAAAGCAUUGGGACUGGAAGAAAUUGGUGAUGCCAAACUGUUUAGAACUUACCAAGUGAUAGUUAGUAUAACAUGCUGUCUGGUUUGUGCAUGACUGUGAGAGAGUGGAAAUGGGAGAGUUGUCAUUUGGCAAGUCUUGUCACUCACUAGGCACGACCAAUCACAUACAAAUGCAACAUCUACAUUAUGUAACAUACCACAGGUCUACCACUUAGCCAAAAAAUGUGAUGUUAAAUAUUGAAUGAUUGCAAUUUGUUGAGAUAUUGAUUACAUUUUAAUAUUGUGUGAUUGCUAAUAUUUAUUAUGUCCACCAAGCUAGUGUAACUAAUGAACAGUCUUUUUUUGUGGAUUAAAAUGUAACAUUUUUUGUACUAAUAUGUACCAAUAAUUUAAAAAAAAAUUAAAUUCAUUGUUUAAAUAUUUAAGUCACUUUGUCAAACCAGAUUAUUCUAAUCACUAAUUUAUUAAAAGCAUUUAAAAUAAAUAUCAAAUCAAUUAAUUGCA